UCUCUGGUCUUUGAGCUCUGCUCUGCAUUGUCUAUGACAAAAUAAUAAAAUAACCUCAAAACUCAAUUUUUAUUAAUCAAAACAACCCACGAAGAGUUCUCAAAUAGGAAUUUAGAAAUUGUGGCGUCUUGUUUUCCAUGAAAAGAAUGGCUGCGUUAAGAAAAUACAUAGAUAUUGGAGCCAAUCUUACAGAUGAAAUGUACCAAGGUGUAUAUCAUGGUUCAAAGAAGCACGAGCCUGAUCUUGAAGUAGUAUUAGCCCGUAGUUGGAAUGCAGGAUUGGACAAAAUGAUCAUCACUGGAGUCCUGACUGACAGUAAAACAGCAAUCGAUCUUGCACGAUCAGACGCCAGGUUAUACUCUACAGUAGGCUGCCAUCCGACCAGGUGUAAUGACUUUCUAUCUGAUGCUGAAGCAUACCUGCAAGGCCUUAGAGACUUGAUAACAGAAAAUCGUGACAAAGUCGUGGCUAUCGGCGAGUGUGGACUAGACUAUGAGAGACUUAAGUUCUGUGAAAAAGAUGUUCAGCUCAAAUAUUUUGAGUACCAGUUGCAAUUGAGUCGGGAGUUCAAUCUACCGCUGUUCCUGCACUGCCGUGCAGCUGCAGAUGACUUGGUUGACAUACUGCAGAGGAACCGUGAUGUCGUGGGUGGAGUAGUGCACUCCUUUGAUGGUACCGAGGAAGCUAUGCAGAAAAUCCUGGACUUGGGAAUGUACAUAGGUAUUAAUGGAUGUUCCCUGAGAACAAAAGAGAACCUAGAAGUGGCAUCAAAAAUACCUACAGACAGACUUAUGAUUGAGACAGACUGUCCAUGGUGUGAGGUGAAGCCAACACACCCCGGUUACACUCAUGUAGUUACAAAGUUCCCUUCUGUGAAGAAAGAGAAAUAUACCAUUGGGUCUGACAAUCAGGUUAAAGGAAGAAAUGAACCGAUUAAUAUUGUACAAGUUCUGGAGAUACUAGCAGCUAUACGGAAAGAAAAUACUGAUGAAUUAGCAGCAGCUAUUUACGACAACACAAAUAGAUUAUUUUUUAAGAAAUUAAUUGUUGAAUAAUUUUAUUGUAUUGUAUAGUAAGUUCAACUCAGUCGUGCGCGCGGCCUUAUGUAUGGGUAACCCUUGUACAUAUACAGUGACUUUGUGUGCGUGACAAGAGGUACAGUCGGGUACAAUACAGUUAUUUAGGGGUUGUAUACGGGUGUUUAAAGAAAAACAGUUAUUACGUAAUUUAAUGUUUAUUUAUUUGUAAUGAUUAUGAAUCGCUACUUGAAAAAUCAAAUGAUGAAUUUUCGGAUUCGCUACUCUGCAAGGUAAAUUAUAAAUU